AUGGCGCAACGCGAUCACAAGCAGGAGGAGCCCACGGAGCUGCGGGCGCCGGAGAUCACGCUCUGCGCCAACAGCUGCGGCUUCCCCGGCAACCCGGCCACGCACAACCUCUGCCAGAACUGCUUCUUGGCCGGACCGGCCUCCACGUCGCCGUCUUCCUCCUCCUCCUCUUCUCUACCGGGCGUGUCCGUGUCGACCCCCGUCGUCGACAGGCCGAGGCCGGCGCCGGUGGAGGUCGAGCUCGCCGUUGACCUUGCUCCGGCGAGGACGUCGGUGAACCGGUGCUCCAGCUGCCGGAAGCGCGUGGGGCUGACGGGGUUCCGGUGCCGGUGCGGCGACAUGUUCUGCGGCGAGCACCGGUACUCGGACCGGCACGGGUGCAGCUACGACUACAAGGCCGCCGCCCGGGACGCCAUCGCCCGGGACAACCCCGUGGUGCGCGCCGCCAAGAUCGUCAGGUUCUGA